AGACAACCGAUGAUGGGCAACCCAUGGCCGAUCGCGAAGCCAAUCGCCAGCAGACCGAUUCCAGUGCAGCAUCAGCAUUUGCAGCAUCUUCUCGCGCAUUGUCACCAUCCCUAUCUAGCUGUACGACCGACGCAAGCGCAUACACAAGUCUUUCCCCUUCCUGGAGGAUUCCCCUGGGCGCAUAGUUCGAGAGGUAAACCACGACGUGGUAUGAUGCGACGCGCUGUCUUCUCAGAUCUGCAACGAAAAGGUUUGGAGAAACGCUUCCAGGUCCAGAAGUAUAUCUCCAAGCCAGACCGGAAGAAGUUAGCAGAGAAAUUAGGCUUGAAGGACAGUCAGGUAAAAAUUUGGUUCCAAAAUCGUCGCAUGAAAUGGCGCAACUCUAAAGAACGCGAGCUCUUAGCUUCGGGCGGUUCAAGAGAACAGACUUUACCCAACAAGAACAACCCACAUCCAGAUCUAUCCGAUGCUGAGGCUGAUAAAUCCAAAAUGUCUCCACUUUCCCCAAUAAAUGAAGACCAGUGUGAUGAAAAGAACAAAAUGUUCGCGCCAUCUUCCAGUCAAAAUGACAGUUACCGUUAUGAAGACAAAAUGGCGACUGGUCAAAUGUUUCCCCGCGAAAAUUAUUCGAACAUGGAGGACGGUGAUGAUUUUGACAGUGACGCGAGCGCCUCUGACGAAGAAAUAAAUGUAACAUGA